AUGAUCAAUCUAAAGACAGUAAAUAAUGGAUUAUAUUAUAUCAAUAAAUUAAAAUGCAUAAUAACUCAAAAGAGACUUGCUGCCAGUGUCAUCGGUGUUGGUAAGAGAAAGGUUUGGUUAGACCCAAAUGAAACCACCGAACUUUCUAAUGCUAACUCCAGAGCUGCCAUUAGAAAAUUAUACAAGAACGGUACUAUUGUCAAGAAGCCAGACACCACCCACUCCAGAUCUAGAGCUAGAGCUUUAUUAGAAUCCAAGAGAGCCGGUAGACACAUGGGUUACGGUAAGAGAAAGGGUACCAAGGAUGCUCGUAUGCCAUCUCAAGUUUUAUGGAUGAGAAGAUUAAGAGUUUUGAGAAGAUUAUUAGCUAAAUACAGAGAUGCUGGUAAGAUUGAUAAACACUUAUACCACAACUUGUACAAGGCUGCUAAGGGUAACACCUUCAAGCACAAGAGAUCUUUAGUUGAACAUAUUAUCCAAGCUAAGGCUGAAGCCUUACGUGAAAAGGCUCUUAAGGAUGAAGCUGAAGCUAGAAGAGUCAGAAACAGAGCUGCUAGAGAAAGAAGACAACAAAGACUUGCUGAAAAGAAGGAAGCUUUCUUGGCUGAAGGUAACUAA